GAUCCAUACAAAGUAUAGCGCCGUGGCGUUGAAUCCGAGUCGUUUGUGGGCGCUUAAUACUUGCACAUUUACCGUUCACAGCCGUUCACUCGGAGGCAGGCUCGCUUCCAGCCUCUAGAUCUUCUCGGAAGGCGGUUGUUCCUUCAUAUGACUCAGAGGUCAUACUAUGGAUCAUCAAACCUCCUUCAAUAUACCGCAAGAAGUAGUCGACUAUGUGGUGGAUUUUCUUCAUGAUGAUAAGCUCUCGCUCUUCCAUUGUGCCCUUUUGUCGUCGGCGUGGUUGGAAUCGAGCCGUUAUCAUCUUUUUAGGAUUAUUCGCAUUCGCAUCCACAGCUCACACAACAUCGAACAACUGCUUACUUCGUUCACGCUAUUUUUCAAUCGCAAUCCAUUAAUUUCUAGACUUGUACACAAACUAUUGAUCGCUCGCGGAGAAUGGAAGUUCGACCUGAUUGACGAGGCAUCAGUGCUAGCCGACCUGACGUAUCCCAAGAUCGAACUCUACCUCAUCGCCGCCCUUCUGCGCAGCCUCCCAAGGAUCUCCGCAUUUUCGAUGGACGGUAUCGGUCUCCUUUGGAAUAGCCAUAUCUCAGAAACGAUGGAUUCUCGCCGGCCGUCUUUUCAACUUCAGGAGUUAAAUCUGAGGCGGAUCUUUCUUCCCAUCCCUCCGCAGAUCGACCCUGAUUGGCCAUUUUCCCAUUUCCUCUCUUGGUUUUCUUCUCUCAAACUCCUCAGCCUUCGUGGGGGCAUGCCCUCGGGGUCUCAUAUCGAUGGCGGAACUGUUGCUUCCUCAGUAUCGUCUGAUGCCCUACACAAGGUCCGGGCGACAAGGGUCGAAGUACUGAUGACAGACCAUAACCUACUGCGGCUUCUAUAUGCAACAAUCGUACCAUCCAAUCUCACCAGUUGUCUUCUUACCGUCAAUGAAGUUGCCGAUGCAAUCGACGUGCAGUCGGUGCUAAAUGGUACAGCAGCCCAAAUUUCAACGCUUGAAUUAUCUUUUGUUGAAUUUGUUCCUAUCGGGCUCAUUCUUCGAAAUGGGUUCGAAGACUGUGUCACCAUCAAUUUGGAUUUGUGCCGCUCAUUGGAGACCCUGCAUCUAGGUCUCACCCUUUUCGAAGACCACGACCUUUGGAAUGCUUUCGUAUGGGCCUCAAUAUUUACCACGGUAUCGACACUUCGAUCAUCGACAUUGCGCCUUGUAAUCAAUAUUUUUCUACACCGGGAUAUCUCCAAACCCCUCGCAGUUCUGCAGCGUCUUGAUUGGUUGCGAUUAGCAACUGCGCUCCGGGGUGUUAAUGCAACAAGUGCGACAAUAUGUUUGUCUGACAGAUCGGGAGAAAGUGCUUGGCACGCCUCACUCGAUGAAAGCGCUGCCUUCAUUGAGCAGAUGCUACCGGAGCGCCGGGAGAAUGGGGUGCUCUGCGUUCAACAUGCGACCAUCCCGUCGGCACCUGUGGAGCGGUGGUAUCUGUGACAGAGAAAGACAGAGUGAACGGAUGCAAUUUGAACCCUCGAAGGAAGUACCUUUUUCUAUUGUUAAAUACGAACCCUCUUUGUUCUCGGGUUGGGUCUUACGUACCGGUGUCGGCGUGAUGUUCUGAAAUCCGUUAACAUCUCUAGGUCGACAAGGCUAUGCUACUUCUUCUGGAACCCCCAUCCUUACGGCAUACGAAUGGCCCAGAUUCUCUGGAAGUUUAGCGUUCCACAAUGAUGGCACCUGCAUUCCUCCUUAGGAGUAAUCGCCAACGCCGUUAAGGUGUAUGACGAUCUCAGGCAUCACCUAGAAAUGUAUACGUCUACCCGUCAAGAUCUUGCUCAGAUUUGAGAAGGCCACCUUGAGCUAACCGAUCAGAUCAGAUCACCUUAAAAGUACGCUCGUUGAAUUGAUUAGCACAGGCCAGGCUCCAGGAUGCACUGUGAGUCUUUGAAGCGACUCAGGCGAGAUAGAGAUCGCGCAGUUGCCGGGACCCAAGAGCUGCUAUAAACGAGGAGCGAAGUAAAACGGUUGGUAUCGAUAUAGUUCCCCUUAUUGGGGCGUUAACACCAUAUUCAUUUUCGAGUCACUCUGAAGAACAACGGCUCGGUCAGGGUCUAGUAAGUUAAGGAAGGUGUCUAAUUAUAUUAUACCGCUGAAGGC